AUGACUGCUAAUCCAAAAUACAGAGCAACUGAAUUAUCAUAUCAACUAACCAACUCAGGUGCAUUUGAAGCUUCAAUUGAAGUAAAAAUCUACAUAUCAAGAGUAUUAUUGUUUGGUGAUGAAGAAAUAAAAGGGUACAAGCCUUGUCACUCUGUUUUAAUCAGUGAUCAUGAAAUUGAGCCA